AGCUCGCGGUCAAGGUGUAGGGGAUGGUUCCCAUCUGAGAGAGAGAGUCGGCUGUGUGACAUUGUGUCAAGUUUUACCUGGAUGUGACUGUGGUUCAAGAUAGAAGUGGACCGGGGUAAUAUAGCGCCAGUGAGACAGAUAUUAUAUGUCAACAGAGGCCAACCUGUGUAUAUAGAGGUGAACUGUACAUGUGUGGAGGUAUUCGCUACAAGGGAACUGGAGCACUCCCUUUGUGAAAUCAUUCAUGGCGGGGGGCUGUUCAACGUCGAGACUGUGGGUUGUUGCUGCUAUUGCAUUCUGUAUAACAACAGUAUCAUUGGCGUGCUACGUCAUUUGGAAGGAGGUCGGGUCAAAGAAGAGUGCCGAAGAACGAAUCCUUGAGCGGUACCCGACCCUGUUUGUUACGGCAGAGCAGCAGUUGCGCCUGUUCAAUGGCACCACCCAGUAUACGCAAGUACAACCCAGGGUGAUGGGGGGAGGCACCUGUAAUGUUCACUGUAACAAGAAACAUGGGAGUAUUCACGCACGUCAAAUAAGUGGAGCAGUUCUCAACCACGCAUGUUGUCAAUCACAGAAGUUCUUCAGAGACGAAGCGACAAUGACCACUGCGACGGACGUUGUGAAGACGAUAGCCCAGUUUGGCAACAGGAAACAGUUCUUCAAGUUCGAACAGUGCAGUCAAGUUUCCAAUUAUAAUUACGGUGAAUGUUCCCAAAAUGUGGAAUAUACGACGGCAGUCACCGUGAACGAAGACGCGGAUGAAGACGAUGAUGAUCGAUAUCAAGUCGAGUGGGUCAAGGUCAAGGGAUCCUGCAAGUGUCUCAACACGUAGAGUCUCCGGGAGAACAUCCACGGAGAACCAGAAGAACAAAUCAAUUACUUGUAUUAAAGUCAUGACGUGUUUUUAUUUUGACACCUCCGAAGUGUAUAUAUUCUUAAAAAUUUAGAAACAUGUACUAGUAUUACUUCUCUGUACUGUCUCAGACUGCCUUUUUAGCAAACUAUUUAUCUUCAAUAUUACUGUUCAGUAUUCACAUCAUAUUACGUUGCUUUUAAUUCAGUGCUGUACAAUUUUAAACACAUAAAUAAAGUUUUCUUGUCAGUGUUUUCUCUGUCAACCAUAUUGUCAUCGCACUAUACUUAUGUUAUGUUUGGGCCCGUGAAGAUCCAGGGUAGAACAGGUCUUCAGCAACCCAUGCUUGCCGUAACAGGUGACAAACGGGAUCGGGUGGUCAGGCUCGAUGACUUGGUUGAUGCAUG